AGUGUAAGUGGUGUGUAACCCACACCCAAGAAAAUAAAAAUCCGACCCGACAGGUCCAUAUUAUAUGAUUUUGAUCUUGAUCUCUCAUCAAGGGACGGGAAGUCACCGUCGGAGGUCUGAUGAUCGCAUCAGGGGCGCAGUCUUCCUUCCUUUAGCCGCUGGUGCAGUUGCAGUGGUGGUUUUUCCUUUUUGAGUUUGUGCAUUUGGUGAAUCUAAAACUGUAAAAUAUGUCAAAGCCCUCUGCUUCAAGGGUAAUCAAUGGCUUCCUCCUCCUCAGACUUCACCACAAUCACCAUCAUCUAGUCAACCCACUGUCUCCCCCACUUCGCAUCGCUUCUCAUCUCCACCCAUCAAAUGCACCUCUUUUCCCAUCAACGCGCCAAACCACCACCCAUUUUUCCACACUUCCUUCCCCUUCCCCUUUUGGGAAUCUACUUCGCCCUAAUUACCCAUCUGGGCUCAGGUUUUUCUCAGUCAAGUCACCGGACAAGUUCAAUGGGGGUUUUGCUAAAAGGAUUUUCGACAAGCCCGCAAAGGGUAUCGCCUCUACCUUUGCCAGCUACCGCCAGGCCAUUGGAUUGCAAUUUGAAGCGUUUUGGAAGAGCAAUUACCUGGUUCUCCUGGGAGCCGGUGGACUACUCCUCUGUGCUUUGCUCUGGAGGAUUAUGUUCGGAAUUGCCAACACUUUUGUGGGUCUUUCCGAAGGAAUGGCCAAGUACGGCUUUCUUGCCCUCUCAUCUGCAAUUGUUGCUUUCACUGGGCUAUAUUUGCGCUCAAGAUUUGCAAUCAAUCCCGAUAAGGUUUACAGAAUUGCAAUGAGAAGGCUUAAUACAUCAGCUGGGAUUCUUGAGGUCAUGGGUGCACCUCUAAUUGGAACAGAUUUAAGAGCCUAUGUAAUGUCUGGGGGUGGAAUUACUGUGAAGAACUUCAAGCCGGCACUUAGAAGUAAACGGUGUUUUCUCAUUUUUCCCAUACAAGGUUCUGAGAGAAGGGGUUUAGUCAGUGUUGAAGUCAAGAAUAAAAAGGGCCAGUAUGAUAUGAAACUAUUGGCAGUUGACAUCCCAAUGGCAUCAGGACCUGACCAGCGCCUAUACCUGAUAGGUGAUGAAAAAGAGUACAAGGUGGGUGGUGGAUUAAUCGCUGAGUUGAGAGAUCCAGUGGUGAAAGCAAUGGCAGCAACCAAGGAAUUUGAAGAUCUUGACCAAAUUGAGGAAGAGGAGGAUGCUGAACGAGAACUUCAGGAGGCAGAGAGAAAACGCCUUGAAGAAAUUGAAAAACUUGAAAAAAGUGGCUCUCAGUGAUAUUUUGAUGAGGAUAUUUUAACUGUUGAUGCAGUUUUUUGUUGGAGAUUGUUGAAACAUGCUGAAGGUUUUGAAAUUCUCAGAUAUAAAGAGUUGACCUUGGAGUCCCUUGCAUUGCAGGUCCUCUAGAAUUAUGUUCUGCAAGGUUUUACUUACCAUGACUGUUUGUUGACAUUUUUGGGAUUGGGAACUUAAUGGUUCUACUGCUUGAUUUGAGGGUCGAGACAAAUAAAGCCUACAAUAUGGGUACCGUGCAGGAUGCAAAAUUUAAUUUUUGACAUUCAGUGUUAAUAGUUGCUAAAGUUUAAUCUGAGGGAACUUUGCAUUUUCUGUUACAUGCCUUAGCAGCAAUUUCUAAGGUACUAACUGUGAGCGAACAAAUCAAAUCUUUUAGCCAGUUGUUUUAGUUUUUGAUUCAUAUAAUAUAUGUGCAGGCUGGAU